GCCAUUUGCUGUGUUACAGGUAAAGCCUGACACCUCGAUUUUUGUGCACUGUUCAGCGAGAAACUCAGGUAGGUCUAGAGUAAACAUGGUGGUCUUUGUGUAUUGGUAAUGUUGAUAUAAAGGUGUGGAAGGGCUCACUCAUUUUGUCCUCUCCAAAUGGUUUCUGUCACUGAUGUCUGUCUGCUGGGUAUUCCUGAUGUCCCUAGUCAUAGCAUGAAUUUCUGUUCUCAUUUCUUUUAUCCACAAACUCUCCAGCUCAUCUUCUUGCCCUUCAAACUAAGGUCUCUUACUCAUUUUGCCUUCCCAUCCCUGACAGGUAUCCACAGUUAGCUGUGGAGGAAAAAUUACUUUGAAGGUUCCAUCUCUGAAAGCUCUGUUUCCAGAAAUGGCUCUUCAACACCAACUUCUCAGCAUUUCUGUAGUGGUUGUAGCUAUGCUGUGGCAGAAUAGGAAUUGCUUCUGGAACUGACCAAGGUUGUAAGAGGUUGUGACAUUUCAUGUUCUAUGUAAUCUCAUUGGGCAACAGCAGUGGAACUCGUCUGUCCAAAAUGGUUUAUGGUGAAUUUUUCCGCAGACCUGGCAAAGAUGCAGAACUUAUCAAUCUGAAUGUGGGUGGCUUUAAGCAGUCAGUGGAUCAAAGCACCUUGCUCCGAUUUCCCCAUACCAGACUCGGAAAACUUCUCAAAUGCCAUUCAGAAGAGGCUAUUCUAGAAUUGUGUGAUGAUUAUAGUGUGGCAGACAAGGAAUAUUACUUUGACAGGAAUCCUUCCUUAUUCCAAUAUGUUCUGAAUUUUUACUAUACGGGCAAACUUCACGUUAUGGAAGAACUUUGUGUCUUUUCCUUCUGCCAGGAAAUAGAAUACUGGGGGAUAAAUGAGCUGUUUAUUGAUUCCUGCUGCAGCAAUCGGUACCAAGAACGGAAAGAAGAAGGUCCUGAUAAAGACUGGGAUCAGAAGAGCAAUGACAGUAUGGACUCCUCCAAUGAGGAGUCAUCCAUAUUUGAUAAAGAGCUAGAAAAGUUUGAUAAUCUGUGCUUUGGUGAAAUAAGAAAGAAGAUCUGGGUCAGAAUGGAAAAUCCUGCAUACUGCUUGUCUGCCAAGUUAAUUGCCGUGUCAUCCCUGAGUGUUGUUCUGGCAUCAAUUGUGGCCAUGUGCAUUCAUAGCAUGCCAGAAUUUCAAAGGCUGGAUGCCAAUGACAGGGAGAUUGGAGACCCUGUGCUGGAAGCUGUGGAGAUUACAUGCAUCAUCUGGUUUACUGCUGAGCUAGUGAUCAGGCUCUUCACUGCUCCGAGUCAAAAGAAGUUCUGGAAGAAACCACUGAACAUCAUUGAUUUUGUCUCUAUUAUCCCAUUUUAUGCCACACUGGCUGUGGACACGAAGGAAGAAGAAAGUGAAGAUAUUGAGAACAUGGGGAAAGUGGUUCAGAUCCUAAGGUUAAUGAGGAUAUUUCGCAUCCUGAAGCUGGCCAGGCACUCUGUAGGACUGCGCUCUUUGGGCGCCACGUUGAGACACAGCUAUCAAGAAGUUGGACUUCUGCUUUUGUUUUUAUCAGUUGGGAUUUCUAUUUUUUCAGUGCUUGUCUACUCAGUGGAGAAAGAUGAUGACUCGUCAGAGCUGCAGAGCAUCCCUAUUUGCUGGUGGUGGGCAACCAUCAGCAUGACCACUGUUGGUUAUGGGGACACUUACCCAGUCACACUGGCUGGAAAGCUGCUUGGCACCCUCUGCAUUAUCUGUGGGAUCCUGGUGGUAGCACUUCCAAUCACCAUUAUUUUCAAUAAGUUUUCUAAGUACUACCAAAAGCAAAAAGCUAUUGAUAGGGACCAAUGCAACAAUGAUCGGAAAGAGAAAAGCAAUGACCUACCCUAUUUUAACAUUAGGGAUAUUUAUGCAAAAAAGAUGCACUCCUUCAUUUCCAGCCUUUCUUCAGUAGGAAUUGUAGUCAGUGACCAAGAUUCAACAGAUGCCUCCAGUAUCCAAGAUAUGGAGGAUGUUUAUAACACAGUAUCUUUAGAGAAUGGUACAGGAAAAUGAGUUGAAUCACAUUUGCUUCUCAUUAUUUCUCUUCUGAUUCUUGGUAAAUGUGGACUGAUAAACUUCAGUGAAAUCAUUAAGAGCAGUCGAUUCUCAGGGUACUUAACUCUCAGCCAUAUUUGGACAUUCUUUGCUCUGAGGAUGCCAUAAAAGCUUCAUUCUUUAUAUGAGGCUUUAAAAUAUGCCUCAUAUAGUGGUUUAGUUUUUACACAACUAAUGUUAUGCAUUUUUGGGGACAAAAGUUGGGAAAAGAGUUUUAAAUGUGAAAUAAGUCUUUUUUUUUGGUUUUGUGGGUAUUGUUGUUUGAUUUGUUCACUGUUUUUUCCCUUGCAGCAGUCUCAUAUCUUACACAGAAUUUGCAUUUAUAAUUUGCGGCUUUUCAGGUAGAAAUGUAUUGUAAACAUGUAAGAACUAUUGCACAAGUUAGUGAAGUUUUUACCUGCAAAUACAUUAGAUAAACAAAGGAAUUGUGUACAUGUAAAACUGUGCUCACUAACACAUUUAUGUAAUUUUAGAUUCGGGAACCUAUUGCAUAAGUUGGGGCAGAAAAUAUAUUGGUACAUAUUGUUUUUAUUCCAUGGAAGCAUAAUAUUUAUUAAUUUCUUUCCAAAAGCACAAUACAUUUUUAGUUUGUUAAAAUAAAUGAUUCCCAUUGUGCCUAUAUUUUUCUUAGGAUCCAGCCAUAGCCAAGCUCUAUCAGGUCCUGAAGGUUUUAAGUCAUAAGUCCCAGGAUGAAGUGUGUGGUGUAAGCAGGAUAGGAGCUUUUUGUACCAUUUAGCCACCUCUCCUGCUGUUGUGACCCUGAGCAGUUCUGGUGCCUGGAGGGGAUCCUGCUGUGAUUAAGGCCACCCUGGUGGCAUCCCCAAGGACUGUGAUUUGUGGGCACUGAGCAAACAUCUGUGGUGGUCUUUAGAAGUUACUGCUCACUACUGCCAGUGCAGCUCCUUGCUGGGGGUUGCUGCCUCAGUGGUGGCAGCAGCAUCCCAAGGCUGCUGUGCUGGGUCUGUCCAGGGCUGAAGGGCCAAGCAGUGGAGAUGUGAGGACGUGCUCUUCUCUGCCAUUUGUUGCCCAUCAGAGAUGUAGGGUGGGCAUUGCACAUGGACAUCCGUAUUGGAACUAUUUCAACUCAUUUUCUAAAGCUCAUCUGCUGGUGGUGGCAGCUUUCCUGGUGUGUGCUGUGUGCUGGAGCAGUGCUCAUUGCUUGGCAGAGUCCUGCAGCUCUGUGUGUUCCCCUCCUCUCCAGGGAUUUCUUAAGCAGCCAGCUAACUCUGCUGUGGUUCAAGCAGUGCUGGAGAAGCUCAAGGACCUUAGAGUGUUAAUGGACCUUAAAGUCCGUGGUGUUUCUGAACACCCAUUUUCUUUCAUUUGUCUAGUGACUAAAUCAGAUGCUGGGCAAUAGAGAAUAGAAGACACUGUGAUGUCAAUAUUUUCCUUAAAGAGAGGUUUGACUAUUUUAUUUUUUCUAAUAUUAUUGAGUCAAAUACAGAAGCCUGUACUGAACUUCUGUUCAAGAAGAUCAAACUCCAUAGGAAUUGACUUCAAAACUUAGUGAGAUACCAGAAAAUGACAAUUGAUUUUAGUCACUGCAGAAACUUGAUUUUUCAUGUGUCUGCCAGAUUUUCUAUUGCAAAAUGCAUUAAGUAAGUAACUGAGGUGCACUUAAAUUUACUAAGGCACAGAGCUCUAACCUCUUUCUGAGAUGGAGAAACUAUAAAGAACAGCAUCAAUGUAUACAUUGUAAAGAUGUGUCUCUCAGGACUGCUGUGGAAUCAAUAUAGUGAUGUGAGACAUAAAUAUUUUGAGCUUUGGAGAAACCUCAAAAUUUGGCUUGCUACUUGCUGACUUACCCUUGUUUUAAGGGUAUGUGAUGCUUCACAAUGAAAGAUAAUUCUACCCAUAGUUCUUGUAGGAAUAGCAAAAGGCAAAGUUAGCCUAAAUGUGAUUUGUUCUUGCUGACAAUUAACAUUAAAAAGAUACAAUGAUACAAAAUACUAAACAUGUAUGUGCAUAUGAAUCUAAUAUGAACCAGCAAAAUAACAAUAAAAAAGUUACUCUCCAAAGGAAAGUUACUGUCCAAAGAAAAUCUCUUGGUGGUGUCCAUGUAAAGAUAUAUUUAUAUAUAUUACAUUGCCACUGAAGAUGAAAAGCAAUGAAAAAUAUUGUAAUGCAACAAAACACUCAAGAAAUUGUAUCAAAUAGUUGAAAAAGUGCUACUGAAAAAUUUCGUUUUGUGUAUCAGGCAUUACUCAAGGAUCACAGAAUAUACGACUUUGUGGAUUAAAUUUUACUGAGUGUUAAUUUGUCAUAAAAUUGAUAAGCUUUUGAUUGAACUCAUGAAUCAGUCUUAAGGCUGUUAGACUUUUUAAGUUCCUCUAACUUUCUCUAUGCAUUGAUACAGCUUGCAACAAAGUAAGAUAUAUAAAGAGAUAUCUUUUGGAACACAUCAGAAGGUAAAGUACAUAUCCAUAUAUCAUUUACUAUACACUAUUUUGAUUUCUGUGAUGAGAUCUUGGCCUUUUUCAAAUCAAUUGUAUCUUAAAAAUGGCUUUCUUGUAUCCUUAUCCCCUUGCUUGAAUAAAUCCAGCUCCUUGGUUUCACACAGGUGUGACUGUGAGGAGGACAUGAGCUGUGCUUCAUGCCAAAAAAUACUCCUCUCAGGGCAGAGCUGCAGUGCUGUGACAUGCACUGGUGCUAGAGAGUGUCACAAGCCUCAAGUGCCAGAAGGAAGCAGAUGAGAGCAGAGACUGAGAUCCUGCACAUUCUAGGAGAUUAUUCUUUUGAAUUUGUCUUCUUCCUUGGUCUACAGUGGCAUAUUGUUGAUUUGUGAUAUCAAUGUCAACAGAAGGUAUAUUGGAUAUUUUUUCUUUUCCUGAGCCACAUUUUUUUUCUUUAAAAAUGCUUCCUAAAUUCUCACCACCCAGCUGCUCUGCUUCAGACACCAAAGCACAGAGAUCACCAUUUAGACGUGCAUCCAAUUUUGUAUGGGAGAGAUUUGUUCAUUUUUAUACAAAACAAUUUACUGGCAUGUUGUUGCUUUCUUUGUUUUGAUGCCAAACUCUUCCCUUUUGAUAUCCAGUAUUUCCACAGGAGCGUGCACCAUUGCCUGAUUUUUCCUAGUGUAUAAUGGGAAGGCAGCACUGCAUUGCAGCUCUCUCUGAGAGGCUUCCAACUGGCAGGGACAUCACCCCAUGCCCACAGCUCCUGCCUUGCUGGGGGCAGGCUCUGGCACUGGCACUGGUUUUUGGGGUAUGUUGGUAGAGGAGAAAAUACAGUGUAAAUGAAUUAGAAAAGAGAAAUGGGAGAAGGCAGGAAGCAGUCAUUCAAAAAGAGUGGUGGAGAAGCAUGAGAGGACCUCAGAAGAA